CGGUAGCUACGCGAUAGUUAUCCUUAGCUUGCUUGCUAGCAAACGCCCAAGGCAAUCAGACUCGUUCCCUCAUUGUAGAACUUUUCAGAGAUCAGGAUGAACACCAAGCUUCACUUAACCUGCUUCAAGUAUAUUUUAGCAUUUUGAUGUCCAGGGGGCACGUUGUUAGGGCUGCACCUUUACGGGAUUGUGUUCAAGGUUUCAUUUGGUCAUAGAAGAUGAACGGAUUGUCUGUUGGAGAACUGUGCGGCCUCUUCUGCUGCCCACCCUGCCCCAGUCGUAUCGCAGCGAAGUUGGCGUUUUUACCCCCCGAACCCACUUACGCACUUUUGCCCGAUUUGGAGUCAGGACACACGGUCCCGUCGAAUUUGGGGGCAUCUGGACUGCGCUCACGACUCGGGGGUGGGGGAGGAGGAGAGAGAAGUGGAAGUGAAGGCAGAUGGAAGCUGCACUUAAGUGAACGUGCCGAGUUCCAGUACUCCCAGAGAGAACUGGAUGGGACCGAGGUGUUUCUGACACGAUCCAGUAGAGGAAACAAAGUGGGGUGUAUGUACAUCCGAUGUGCCCCCUCAGCCAGAUACACAGUCCUAUUUUCCCAUGGAAAUGCAGUCGACCUGGGACAGAUGAGCAGCUUCUACAUUGGCUUGGGAACGCGCAUAAACUGCAAUAUUUUCUCCUAUGAUUACUCUGGCUAUGGUGUUAGCACUGGAAAGCCAUCAGAGAAGAAUUUGUAUGCAGACAUUGAUGCAGCCUGGCACGCACUACGGACAAGGUAUGGCAUUAGCCCAGAGAACAUCAUUCUGUACGGCCAGAGCAUUGGCACCGUGCCCACUGUGGAUCUGGCAUCGCGAUACGAGUGUGCCGCUGUAGUGCUGCACUCACCUCUGACCUCUGGCAUGAGAGUCGCCUUCCCAGACACCAAGAAGACUUACUGCUUUGAUGCCUUCCCAAACAUUGAGAAAGUGUCCAAAAUCACAUCUCCAGUGUUGAUCAUCCAUGGCACUGAGGACGAGGUCAUUGACUUUUCCCACGGGCUGGCCUUGUUCGAGCGCUGCCCCAAGGCUGUGGAGCCACUCUGGGUAGAGGGAGCUGGCCACAACGACAUUGAGCUCUUCAGCCAGUACCUGGAGCGUCUGCGCCGCUUCAUUGGCCAGGAACUGGCAGCGAACGCCUGAGCAGGUGCACAUGUCUGUCUACGGAGGAAGAGGAGUUUCCCACUCAGAUGGGCACAAGAUAAUGUGAUGCUCCCGUGCCUGUCUUUUUCCCCAGGCAGCUGAUUGGUUGCAUCUGUUUUUUUUGUUUGUUUGUUUUUGGUAUGUUUGUGUUUGCUCAUCUUUUGUUUUGACUGUACAUAUUUUCAUGUCAAGAGUCCCCAGGUUUUUAUUUUCUUUACUUUUUCUGUGUCCAUGUGCUGGUCGCUUGCAUUUCACAACAACUUUUUUGGCCUUUGUUUCCUGGCCUCGCAGAAUCUUGAAGGGUUUGAACCUCUUGCAGACGAUAACCCCAGGUGGUUAUACCUGAGUCGCGUCGCUCGUCUCCUGCAUACGCAAGCCGUGUGUCCGUCGGCUCUGUCACUGCUCUCUCUACCUCCCCCUGCUUCUGCCUGGAGCUCUCCUGCUGUGGUAGCUGGUCUUGCAGCGUUAAUGUGGCGUCAGUACACAACUUUAGAAGGACCACACACUACACUUGAAUCAGCCCAUGAUCUCCUCUGGCUCAUGUAGCCAACUGACUGAAACUACACUGCUUGUUUAUCCUCUGUGGCUGAAAUGAACCUUACUCAAGGGGUGGUUUUUAACCUGAGGUGCGAUGGGUAUGCCCUGCUUACAUAUCUGAUGAACUCACUACUUUGGGAUAUAUGAAACAUUUUGGGAAUGGAAGAGGAUGGUGGGGGUUCCUUUUGAGUAACCUUGCACGUAAACAGAAUAUAUGUUGCCAAUUUGAAAGUUUGUCUUCUGUCCUGUAUGUUGUUUUUUUUGUAUUUCCUACUACAUGUUUUUGUUCAUUAUAGUUUUUGUAUCUUUUCCUCUAUAUAAAACUUUACUGACUGCACUAAAUGUGCUUUAGAGACAUGGAUGUUGAACUUGCCAAAUCUAUUUUUGUAAAAAGAUAGUAUUUCAUAAACCAAGGGACCCUUCUCAAAAUAGAGUUGCUUUUAAAUGGACAAAGGCCGUUUUAGAGUGUUCUGUAGGGGUGACUGACUUUUUAAAUGGACUUCAUCGAGACUCGAGAGAGACUGUAUGAGAAUAUUUAUUUGAGAUUUAACGUCUUCAGUCCAUAGCUCCAUAUCAGAAGUGGUUUCCGUUUUAGAGAAUAUUUUAAUGCUUUGUCCUUAUUUUUUGUUUAUUUGUUGUAUUGUAAUUGAAAUGAAUAAAGCAACAGUCUCCCAAGUAA